CCUUUAACACGGGCGGGGCUUGCUGCUGCGGAUGGGCUUGCCUUCUUUGUACGCAGCUCGGUCCCGGAAGACAAACACUGCUGAAUUCCUGACAAACUUGCCCAGAUCCAGCACAAGUUUCAAAGACUUUCAUGUGACGCCUGUGGUCUCUGUCACUUGUCUGGAAAAACACAUCAGCAUGUGGCCAAAUCAAGGUCCUCCUCCUCCACUGGGCCCACAAAACCCUGUAUACCCCCCUGGAUACAAUCCAGCAUACCCUAGUGUGCCUCCUCCAGGAGUCUUCCCCCAGGCUCCAAACCCAGGGUACCCAGCUGGCCAGUACCCUGCUGGUGUGAACCCAGCUGUGCCUCCUGCUGUACCUCCAGGCACCAUGCCCUAUGGAGCCCCAGGGACUCAGCCUUAUCCCAUGGCUCCCGGUGGUUAUCCAGGUGUCCCUCCUGCAGGUGUUCACCCAGGGCCUUACCCACACUCUCCAAAAGGGGGUCACCAUAAAGGCCACCAUAAGGGUCAUCAUGGAGGCCUGAAUCCCAUGGCCGGAAUGAUGGCAGGGGGAUUGGCAGGCAUGGGGGUGGGGCUGGUCGGACACAAAGCCCACAAAAAGAUGAAGAAGAAGAUGAAGAAGGCGCAUAAGGCGCACAAGCAUGGUCACUAUAAACACGGCAAGUCCUCCAGCAGCAGUAGCAGCAGCAGUAGCAGUGACUCAGACUGAGGCCACCGAUGCAAGGCAGUGGAGCUGAUGUACAAAUGGACAUCCAGUCUAUUAACAUUAAACAGACAAAAGUCACUGUAAUCAUAACUAGACUUAAGGGGAAAACACAGUAUUUUGUCAUGUAACAUAUGAGCUGUGUUUUGACAGAGGAUUAUCAUUCCAGUAUGCUUUUUUUCUUUUUGUUGGUUUCUACUGUUUAUGUAAAAAGUUAUUUCAUUUUAUUUCUGUACAAUAACAAGAAUACAUAACUACAUGUAAAAAUAUUGGUAUAAUUAGAGGAGGGACUGCAGCACACUGGAGACUGCAUUAGACUUGUAGCACUAAGCCAAACUCUUUUCUUCCUUUCUGCAAUGCACAACAAUUGUACUGUGGAUUUCUGGUCAAAUCUGGUCUGACACUGUGUGAAUUAUUAAAAACAAUGACCUCA